UAAUGUCAGAAUAGUAAGCGGGUUAAGUAAUCAAUAUAUUCUAAUUUAAUAGGAAUAAUUGGAUGUAACAGCAAUGAUGGAUGAGUUAUAUGACAAAUUAAUAUUAUUGAAUUAUGAACAAAGUUAUUUAAAAUAGAAGUAAUUGAACUUAUAUAUAUCUAAUAUUAGAGGUGGUAAACCUUUGAAUAGAGCCUAUUUUGUAAAUCAAACUAAUUCAAGUGAAUAAUUCACUUAAUUUAAAACGUAACUUUUUGAAUUGUAUUUGAAUAGAUUAGUGAAAUGGCUAUUUCAAUAAAAUGAUGUAUAGACCAGUGAUUUUAAUAAACUUGAUGAUCCUGUAACUCUAUCUUAAAAUAUAAGUAAUUAGAUUUCUAUAUAUAUAAUAGUAAAUGAAUUAAAAAAUAUUGGGAUUGAAGUUGACUUUCCUCCACUUAAAUUAAAAUAAGGAUUUGGAGAAUAUGUUGUUUAUGUUUUGCUCUAAUUAGCAACUAAAGCAUUACAAAAAAAGAAAUUCCAAUAUAAGAAAGCCAAAAUUGAAUAAUAAUCUUAAACGUAUACAAUAAUAUUAAAUUAUUAGAAGAUAAGAUGAUGAACCAGUUUAAGAAACANUAUAAAAUAUAAUAAGUUCAUUUGAAAAAUAUGUAAAAGAAUUAAAUGCAUAAAAUUUGAAUUGGAGUCCAGUACAUACAGAGAAAUUCUGGAAGGAGAAUGUCAAGAAGUUCGAAGAGAAUGAUUUCUUACUUAUUAGGUAAUUCAUGUGAGUAGAGUAUAGGAAAUUAGCAGAAAUCUUAAAAUCAAAUAAUAAUCAAAAUAUAGCUGUUGCUUGUUAUGAUUUGGGAGAGUUUUGUAGAUUCCAUCCAUUUGGAAAAGUGUAAUAUUAUUAUAUAAUAUUAAUAGUGUUUUAGAAUAAUUGAAUGCAAAAUAAGAAAUAAUGAAAUAAGCAAGAAGUGAUGAUUAAAUGAUUAGAGAAAAUGCAUUGUUAUCAUUAUAAAAAAUUAUGUUGCAUAAUUGGUAAGUUUGAG